AUGGAUGUGCCUGCACAUCUUUCAGCUUUUGGCGAUGCAAAAGGCCAAGAUUUUCGUACGACGGCAACAGCAACUAGUGAUGAUCCAAAUAUAGCUCUAAAUAUGAAAGUACCAGAUAGAAUUGUUGUUACUAGUGCUAAUGAGUUGAUGGAAGCGCGUCCUGAAGCUGCUGAAGUUAUUGCUAAUCAUCUAGCUGCGGAGACAAUAAAACAGGCAAAUAGUAUUUCACAAAGUUCGAACUACUACGGAGAAGAUGAAACAAUGGAAUUGAGGAUCCAGUUGGUUCAGAUGUCUUCUCGUGUAGAUAAAUUGGAAAAAUCUGCCUGUGUAGCGAAAGUUGUCAAUUUCCUUUCACUGAGCGCAUCAGCAUUUGCCCUGCUUCUUUCGUUCCUUUUUUACCUUAAAAAAGGUUCCUGA